UAAUAAACUUGUGGAGAACUCGUGCUUACAACUACCUUCAUCUAAUUCUCUUGACAUUCAUCCUACGGUUCAAAUUAAUCCUACCACAAAUCAAAACCAACUAUAUUAUCCACAUUCAAAUAUUAUUCCUUUUUUCUACACACAACCAUAAGAAAAAAGCCCUCUCCAAUGGCAUCAUUAAACUUGUUUUUCACUCCAAUAGCAACCGUAACAUCAACCACACAACAAAGAAGAGUAUACACCGCUGCUACAGCAGCAAAGAGUUCAGGUGGAAGUACUGAGGAGAAAUCACUGUUGGAUUUUAUACUUGGAGCAUUACAGAAACAAGACCAGCUAUUGGAAACUGAUCCAAUUUUGGCAAAAGUAGAGGAAAAGAGCGUUAGCAGUGGCACCACAGGCCGCGUUGGCACAACAAGCCGUAAGGGCACUGUUGUAAUUCCUCCUAAGAAGAAUAACAAUGAUGGAGGUGGUUUUGGUGGAUUUGGUGGCCUCUUUGCUAAGAAAGAUUAAUGAUUCUACUCUUUAAUUCUCUGUGAGUCUACUUAACAAAAAUUCCUAUUUGGAAACAAGCACAGAAAUUCUGCUUUAUUGUAUGAACUUUAUGAUUUUCUUCGCUCUGUAAUCUAUACUUACUAAGUACUAUUGAAUUGAACAACACACUUGAUAUGAGCUA